UGUCAAACCUCUUUCCAGUUUCAGAACACCAGCAGCAAAAGAAAGUGCAUAGUCAUCUCGUGAACAUAUUUUAGUUCAUUUGCAUACAUACAUAUUUUUAGUAAGGAUUUGAAAAUUUGCACAAUUUGCACAAAAUUUGCACUUUUAGGAAGAAAAGUGCAUAAGCAUGUCAUCUUCCGCUAAUUUUAACCCUUGUUUGGGCUGGAUGUCGAUAAAAACUGGGACAAAAGUCGUCGCUAUAUUUCAAGUGGUAGUUUAUUUGGCGAUUUUUAUGCUCUCUUCAACCCUAGCGAUUCUUCGCUUCGUUUGUUUUCCGGUUAAAUCUGAUUAUGCUGAGGAUGCAGAAAUUGUUGAACACCACGAGGAGAAAAAUGAUCCUGACUGGAUUAUGCUCAUGUCUAUCGUGUGUUGGAGCUUGGUGGCUUUUAUGGCGUCCAUUACGCUGUACAAAGGAGCUCGAGAUAAAAAUCGGAUCCAGUGCAAAGUUUGGAUGAUUAUCAACCUCACAAUGAUAACCAUCAUCAUCGCAGCAAUCGGAGUGUUCAUCAUAUUUCCUCAAGUUUUUAAUGAUGGCGAUAAUUCCAUUGGAGAUUCUACCAACCCAUUCUUCAUCUCAAUCAUACUGGGAAGCGUCAUUGUUCACACAUAUUUCGCCCUCGUCGUGUUCUCCUUUAUGCGAGGGCUUUGAAAACGAUUCUUGUUAAAUAUUCCCGUCUCAAUUUCUCCAGAAUUUUCUUGUUCUCAUUAUUAUUACACAAACUUUUACAAUAAUCUUUAUGACUUCGUAGAGAUAAUGAUCAGAGGGCGGUUAUUUAUUUCAUACUUAGGAAAAAAAUAUUUAAAAAAAUAUGUACCAACAAAACCAUAAAAAUAAGAUUUUCGAAAAAUAUGUACCAACAAAACCAUACAAAUAAGAUUUUCGAAAAAUUCAUACUUUUGAAUUUGAUGCUCAUACAUUUGAAUACAUUUGAUUUUCUUGUGGUCCAAUUUCUUCGAGCAAAAAAAUCGUCUCACGACUCACAGCGUUCAAAUAUUUACAAAAUACUUAGGUAUAUGUAUUUAAAAAAUAUCUACAAAAAUUACCUAUUUUUCAAACAAUGGCGGAAAUAUUUGUAAAUAUUUAUGUCUGUAAACCUAAAAAUAGAUAUGCGACAAUAUGUAAAAACAUUUUGAAAUUUUUGUCACCCGCAAAAAUUCGGAAACACGCCCCCACAAAGUCGAUCAUCAUCAAAUGAAAAAGUUGGAAAUAAAUACAUAUCCGCCCUCUGAUGAUAACCAUGAUGUCACAAUUACAUUAAACCACUGAUCUUAUGUCCCCAACUCUUAAUGGGGAACAGAUUCAUUUUUAUGAUCCUCUCUGCUACAAUUAUCCUCAUUCAAUAAAAUUUAAAACCCUACGUUUCUCGGUAUCAUUACUUCAUUUGAAGGGAAGUGAGCAAACAAAGCUAUAAAAUAAAAUGAGGACUAGAAUAACAUAAACAAGAGCUCUGAAGGUGUAUCGGGUUUCAAUUUUGCGACGCAUCCAAUCAUCAUCCAAUCCAUUUCUCCAGACGGAGCAGAAGAGGAUGCCAAAUAAGAACAAAUAAUUUUACAGGAUUCCUUCCAGUAGGGUGACAAUCAUUGUUCGGUCAAAGAACCUUAAAAAACUCAUGUCACUUUCUUCGUUAAUCAUGUCGUCAUCAUCAUCAUCAUGUAACCCUUGCUGUCGCCUACUCAGUCCGCAAUCAGCCACAAAAGUCGUGGCAAUUCUAGAUAUUAUAUUUAGUUCUACGAUGGCAGUUUUUGGAUUGAGCUACUACAUUUACUUCUCGAUCGAAGAAAGUGAAAAGGUUCCUGAGCCUGAAACUAUUUUUCAAUCUGUGGAACUUGUGCUCGUAAAUGGGGUCGGUAUCAGCAUCAUUGGAUUUCUUGGUGUCAUUUUUGGGGCCAUUCUUUACAAGGGAGCGGAUCAAAAUUGUGCUCGAAAGUGUCACAUUUGGCUAUUAUUUCGCUACAUCGUGAUGACCUGGGAUCUCAUUUCCUUCAUUAGAGGACUCGUCGACGCCUCAUCCGGGGCACUCUGGAUUUUUAUUACUUUCACCGAGUUCGUCGUCGAGUUGUACACGCUUGUUGUCGUGUACGCAUUUAUCCGACUGCUUCGGGGGGAACCGAUGUGCGGAUUUUGCCAGUUUUAAGUAAUACCAUGGAACAAGAUGUAGAUAUACCCAGAAUCUGAUUGGCAAUUUUUAUCUCUGACGAAUUUACAUAAUAAUACUUAUUUUAACAUGUAUGUUAAUUAAUACAUAUACCGAUUUAUGUUAAUAUUUAUUGGGUGUAAUAUCAAGGCAUGGUUGUAAAUUGCAUAAAACUAACCAAUGUACGUACAUUAUUCAUAUCUUAUUCGUAAUAAACUAAUAAUUGUUCUUUUCCUGCUCGGAAAUCCUGGAA